AGAUACCGAGUUGACCCUGAAAGAAGCACUGUAAUAAACCCCAUCUCUGAUUCUAUCGCUUCAACUAAACCCUAGAUUUCCAUGGACUCUCGGCGAGUUCCUCGAACCGUAUCCGACCCGAAAGUUCGUCAAGUCGGGUUCUUCGCUCCACCCGACCGUUCCCAAUCGGGUCCUUACAUCCCAUUUUCCUCUUCUUCCCCACCCGUUUCCGAUCUCUCUCCUUCGGGUAACUCUCUUUCCCCCGUAAUGAUCCCUCCUCCACGUCACGUUAACAUUCCUCAAGCACCGUUAUCCCCGUUACGCCGUGAUUCUUCUAUCCCUGUUGGUAGUUACAAUCCAUCUGAAUUCUCUACUCCUAGUACUACCAAUGAUUUGCCUGAUGAUUCGUCGUCACCAGGGUGGCAUCGUAGGGGCAGUUCUGGUAAAUUUGCUGCUUCUCUUCCUUCUGCUGGAUUUGAAAUGCCUGUUGCUAAGCAGAAUAGCUUUACCGCUUCGAGAUUGACUACUGUCUCCAAUGUCAAUGCGCCAUUGGGACUAUCAGAUAAGGAUGGGGAAGUGCAGAAAGAACGAAGUGCAAGUUCAAAACCGUUGAAAGAGAAAACAACUAAGGCUGAGAGGCGGGCUCUCCAGGAGGCUCAAAGAGCUGCAAAAGCUGCUGCUAAAGGUGAAGGAACUAAGACCGCCACUGCUGCUUCUGGAGAACAUACAUCAGCAAAUUUAAACCCGGUAAAGAUUGCCAAGGGCACCUCACAAAAGAAAGAAAAUCCACCUGUUGCAGUUCCUGAUAAAAAGGGCAGUGAUCGUGCGACAGAUAAAGAUAGGAAAAAAGAUGUUCCUCAUCCACGGAUGCAAUUUGAUGAUAAGAGUCGUGUGGAAAAGGCUAAGAAGCGCUCAGUAGUGAAGCAAACUGAAGCCAAAAAUAGGGUUGAACUUUUUAGGCAUUUGCCUCAGUAUGAACAUGGAACAAGACUUCCCGAGCUUGAAUCAAAAUUCUUCCAACUAGAUCCAGUUCAUCCUGCUGUUUUUAAGGUUGGGCUUAGAUAUUUGGCUGGAGAUAUAUCUGGUGGGAAUGCCCGCUGUAUUGCGAUGCUUCAAGCUUUCCAAGAGUCCAUCAAAGACUACUCAACCCCCCCAGAGAAAGCUCUUAUAAGAGACUUGACUGCAAAAGUUAAUUGUUAUGUUUCAUUUUUGAUCGAGUGCAGGCCCCUCUCUAUCAGCAUGGGGAAUGCUAUUAGGUUCCUUAAAACUAGGAUUGCCAAACUGCCUUUGACUUUGUCAGAGUCAGAAGCUAAAACCACUCUUGUGACAGAUAUUGAUCGCUUCAUAAGUGAAAAGAUAAUACUUGCAGACAAGGUGAUAGUCAAGCAUGCAGUAACUAAAAUAAGGGAUGGUGACGUUCUUCUCACUUAUGGAUCAUCCUCUGCUGUUGAAAUGAUUCUGUUACAUGCUCAUGAGAUUGGCAAGGAUUUCCGUGUCGUAGUAGUAGACGCACGUCCAAAGCUUGAAGGGAGAUUACUACUUCGUCGGUUGGUGGGGAAGGGUGUUAAGUGUACAUACACGCAUAUAAAUGCCAUUUCUUAUAUCAUGCAUGAAGUUACUAGAGUACUUUUGGGUGCUUCAUCAGUUUUGUCCAAUGGAACUGUUUAUUCAAGGGUUGGAACAGCAAGCGUUGCUAUGGUUGCUCAUUCAUUCCGGGUUCCUGUAUUGAUAUGUUGUGAAGCGUAUAAAUUUCAUGAAAGGGUUCAACUUGACUCAAUUUGCUCUAAUGAACUUGGUGAUCCAGAAACUAUCGCUAAGGUUCCUGGUAGAAUGGAAAUUAACCACUUGGAUGGGUGGGCUAACAGUGAUAAUCUACAACUUUUGAAUCUGAUUUACGAUGCAACACCUUCAGAUUAUGUAUCAAUGAUAAUUACAGAUUAUGGCAUGAUCCCUCCAACAAGUGUUCCUGUAAUAGUUCGAGAGUAUCGCAGAGAAUAUUUAUGGACAUGAGAGGAAUACAACUGAAAGUUGCAAAGAUCUGAUAGUUGCCUCAAGAAAAGCAAAGGGAGACCUCUGAACAAGUUUUUCGUCCCGCUGCUACGUGCAUCUCAAAGAUAUAGAUAGGGACAUGGGUUUUGACUACCUUUGCUUAACAUCUUUAGAUUUCUCCUUGGUUCAUUUUUGGGAUAGUGAUUUUGAGUUAUGUGCCUCAGGUUUUGGGUUCUCUAUUUUUAGCUGACCCCAUGAAGAGUGCGAUUUCUCCGCCUCUCAGGGCAAUUUUUGGAAUGUUAUCUUUCAAUGGAAACAGAUUUGCGAAAUUGUGAUCAGAUUUGCGUAUGAAAAAACAAUUCAUUAA